AGGUACACAGUACACAAGGCACAGCAUAUUACAAGACUUGCUCGGCCCAAGCAGUACUAUCUCCCUCUCUGUCUGUCAUCUUCAACAAUCCAAUGGAGAAACAGACAGCAGUAGCACUAGUGCUGCUCAGCGUGCUCUGUGGAAUAGCCUCUCAUGGGGUCGACGCCCAGUAUUACUGGACGACCGCCACGGCGACGUUCUACGGCGGCGGCGACGGCUCCGGCACCAUGGGAGGCGCGUGUGGGUACGGCAACCUGUACAGCUCCGGGUACGGGAUCAACAACGCGGCGCUGAGCACGGCGCUGUUCAACGACGGCGCCAUGUGCGGCGCGUGCUACACCAUCUACUGCGACACCGGCAGGAGCAGGAUGUGCAAGCCGGGCACCCAGAUCACCGUCUCCGCCACCAACUUCUGCCCGCCCAACUGGGCGCUCCCCAGCGACAACGGCGGCUGGUGCAACCCGCCGCGGGUGCACUUCGACAUGUCGCAGCCCGCCUGGACCAGCAUCGCCAUCUACGAGGCCGGCAUCGUCCCCGUCGUGUACAGGAGGAUCUCCUGCCAGAAGCGCGACGGCAUCCGCUUCGGCAUCUCCGGGAGGGACUACUUCGAGCUGGUGGUGGUCACCAACGUCGGCGGCAGCGGGGUCGUGUCCCAGAUGUGGAUCAAGGGCUCCAACACCAACUGGCUCGCCAUGAGCCGCAACUGGGGCGCCAACUGGCAGAGCAACGCCUUCCUCAACGGCCAGAGGCUCUCCUUCAGGGUCAGGCUCGACGACGGCCGCGAGGCCACCGCCAGCGACGUCGCACCCUCCAACUGGUGGUUCGGGGCCACCUACAAUUCCUGGGUCAACUUCUACUAGCGUCUAGCGGAUCAUCGUCAAACCGAUCCAUCGACGCCACUGCUUAAUCGUCUAUCAUUAGUAUAUAUAGCAAGUAUUAAAUCAAAGGGUAGGGCGCCCUCUGUUGCGUUCGCUAUAGUUGUGUUUGGCAGCCGCACAUUCGUCCGUGUUUUACUUUUAGAUUAGAGGCACUCUUUCUUGCACCUACACAUAAUAAUUAACCUGAAGCUAAUUCACAAAUAAUCAGGCAAGCACACAAUGCGCACCUAAUAAGAAUUGUAAAAGAAAAACUGUACGGAAUGAAGACGGCAUAGCGGGGGCGGAUUUGCAGCACGCAGGGGCGGGGUCACGCAGCCCAUUUUUUUCUUUCGGUUUGCUGUUUUCAGUCUUUUAAGUAUAUGUUUUGAAUCAAAGGUCCAAAUUAAGUUUCCUUUGCA